AUGCGGCUUCUCCAUGUCUAUACAAGAAAGCUGGAGGAAUUCAAUGGAGACUCCAUCCCGCCCUAUGCUAUUCUAUCUCACACGUGGUGCAAAUAUGAGAUAACUUUUCAAGAUCUUUUGAAAUGGGGUCCCAAGAUCUUAGAUGGCUACACAAAAAUAGAUGGAUGUUGCCGGCAAGCAGCAAAAGAUGGUCUGGAUUACGUGUGGAUUGAUACUUGUUGCAUUGACAAGUCAAGCAGCGCUGAGCUUUCCGAAGGUAUCAAUUCGAUGUUCCAGUGGUAUAAAAGGUCCAAGGUAUGUUAUAUAUACCUAGCCGAUGUGUCCGCAGAAGAUGAUCCAUUUGAGAUAUCCUCCGGGUUUCGGCGAAGUCGCUGGUUUACUAGGGGCUGGACGCUCCAAGAAAUACUCGCUCCUAUGGAAUUAAUAUUCUUUGACAAAGCCUGGAAUCAAAUUAAAAUCGGCUGGCUCAUUCGAGUUGCGAACCCAUCCCGAGGCCAAGAUUUGAGUACGCUUCCUCGCCAAGGAAAGUACUUCAACCGGUUAGAUCUGCUCAGCCUUCUCUCUGAAAUUACAAAUAUCCCGAAGAAGGCCCUUGACACCGGGGAUUUGUCGAAGUUCUGCGCUGCGGCUCGGUUGGCAUGGGCCGCCAACAGGAAAACAACGCGCAUUGAAGACGUGGCCUAUAGUCUUUUAGGUCUUCUCGAAGUUAAUAUGCCUUUGCUUUACGGCGAAGGAGAUAAGGCCUUUCUACGCCUCCAAGAAGAAAUCAUAAAAUCACGCAAUGAUGACAGCUUAUUAGCAUGGGGAUAUCGAUUAAGACAAAAUGAACACCCCAAAAUAUAUUCUGACAACGUCCUUGCCCGGUCACCUUCGGACUUCACUCAUUGCCACAGUUUCGAGAGCCUCGAUAACGACGAAACGAGCCCUCAGGUGCCAUUAACAACUUCUCAUUCUGCAAUGACCAACAUUGGAAUACAGACAGCAAUCCCUAUUCGACCUAUUGAUCCCAAAAUUGGCGUUUUUAUGGCCAUUCUCAGAUGCGCCUUUACCGUAAAUGGCCACCGAUACCAUCUGGUUGUUCCGUUGGUUAACACAAAAGGUGGAGGCAAGAAUCACUAUAGCCGGGCACCAGGCAGCCCGCCGUUCCAUAUCCAAAGAGCCAAACUUUUUUCCCUUAUAAACAACUCAAGAUUUCUAUUUUUUCUUACUCGCGUACCAUCGUUAUGGAGCCUUUUUGUCACGAAGGCGAUAACAACUCCUAUCUAUAUACGAGAGAACCCCUUAACUGCACCGCCACGGGUAUCUUGGCCAAAGUCAAACAAAAAGGAACAUGAGACGAUGAGCUUAUAUAUAGACGAGCUAAUAUCUGCCGGGUAUGAGCUCUCGUCUUUCUAUCCACCCUGGAUAAGCAAAAAGUCAGCCAGUGGCAGCAGUCUUGUUUUGCGAUUGGGUUCGUGGAAUUCAGCAAGGUUCGUGCUCAUAUUUUCAAGACCAAAGGAGUUUUCUACGGGAUAUCUAUAUUUUGCCGUUUGUAUAAGCCAGACGGUCUACACGAUGUCAAGGGUUGAGCAUGGUUCUGCUUUAGAGUAUUUGAUGGAACGGAGCCGCAGCUUAGAAGUUAACAUGGGCCGUCAUGGAAUAAAGCAGAAGGGGCUUGAAAUAAAAGAAGAAAUAACGGACGGGGGCGUUCAGCCCAUCCAUCAUAUAUCGUUCAAAUACAUAUUUGGUGAUAUUAGAAUUAGUUGUAGUACUGGCGUGGUCAACGCAUCGCAGGCUCUCUAA